AUGAAGACCCUCAACUUCAUAACCGGCAACAAAAACAAACUCAGCGAAGUACGCGCUAUCCUGGGUGAUGCAGUCACUGUAGACAACAAGUCAGUCGAAGUCCCCGAAAUCCAGGGGACAAUAGAGGAGAUUGCAAAGGAAAAGUGUCGGAGAGCUGCUGCCGAGGUUGGAGGCCCGGUAUUAACAGAGGACACGGCGCUCGAGUUUCAUGCCUACAAAGGCCUUCCAGGUCCAUACAUUAAAUCAUUCCUCGAAGCUCUCGGACACGAAGGCCUGAACAAAAUGCUCGAUUCUUUCGAUGAUCGCUCUGCAGAAGCCGUAUGUACAUUUGCGUUUUCGCAUGGGCCUGGUGAGGAACCCAUUCUGUUUCAAGGGAGGACUCUGGGAAAAAUUGUAGCUGCUCGAGGACCAGCGAAUUUUGGUUGGGAUCCCGUAUUCGAAUAUGAGGGGAAAACAUUUGCUGAGAUGGAUAAAGAGGGAAAGAAUAAAAUCUCCCACCGCUUCAAAGCUCUCAUGAAGCUGAAAGAGUGGUUGUUGAGUCAAGACGGCCUCAAUUAA